AUGCCGAAUAAUAUCGAGCGAGAUUCGUCUCGCGAGGGGGACAGAAUGCUCAAACAUCAACACUCCAUCUCAUCCGACCAAGGCAGCCGAGCGUUGAUUCCCAUGUGGGACAGCUCAGAUCCCGAACGUGCACCUCCGCCGUUGCCCCUGAACCCACAGUCACCGAGCUUCUCCUCGCGGACGGGCACCAGCACCGCCAUCCAGUCGGCCCAUGCUGCCUUGAGCGAGCGUGCGCGGGACAGCGUGGCGCUCGUGCCAAGCCUGGCCAAGCGAGUCCACGACGGAUCGCCCGAGAAGACGGUGAUGAGGGCCUCGUCGCACCGUCGCAUGCAGUCGCUGCAGCCGGGGGGCACCGUUCGUGAUUUGAGCCUCAUGAUCGAGGGCGGACGGAGCACCCCUGGCUCGCCGGUACGGGCAAACGACCGACCCUCGACCCCGACACAUAUGCAAACCCACCUGAGGGAGAGUGCCCUCGAGCCUCGACGCAGGGACAGCGAGACGGCAGUGCCUGGCCUCGGACCGACCGUGGCGCCUGUCAUCCGGCCCUCCGUACGACGACCGCCUCCCCAGAGCAUACUGGGCGAAAACACGCCACCUCAGUCGUCCACCAUGUUGGCGUUGCAAGCGAUGGGCAGCCAGCAGCCAUUGAGGGAGGGAGAUGCGUCCCUCUCCAACGUCGCCAACGCUGCGCUGUCCGCCCAAGGUCCCCACACGCUCGAGGGCCUGUCUGGACAGAUCCUGAGCCUCACCGUCAUUGCCCAGACGCUGCAGAAAGAGCUGUCGCAGCUGAGCCGGCGCAGCCGCGACAACGCGACGGAUUUGAUGAGCCUCAAGGAAGCGACAAACACGAGAGACGAAGACAUACGGAGGAGCCUGCGCGAUUUCAUCGGAACCUGGAGCGACGCCUCGAGCAGAAUUCCCUCGCGCGAGCAGUAUGGUGGGCUUUUCAUCGACAACAAGCCGCACUCGACGUCCCCCAACGCGCCGGGGUUCCAACUUCCGCGGAUACCGUCCCCCAAGAGCUUCGUCGAGUCCAUCGACUGCCGGUCCAUGAGCACGCCGUCCCUGUCGGGCGUCGACGGAUCAGCCUCCCAUGCCAUCCUCGACAAGAUUCUGCGCAGUCUCGGAACCAAGGAAGGGCAAGAAUCGCUGGCCGGACUCUUGCACGAGCUGUCCGAUAAGAUGUCGGGAAUGGCGACGGCGACCAUGGUCGAGGAGCUGGUGCAGUACGUUCGCGAGCAGCCCAAGUCAGCCAUCGUCACCGAGGUUGUCCCCACUCGAUCUCGCGGCGAAGGCGGCGAGGAGAUGGAGAUGGCCUGUUGCCCACCUGACGGCAGGUCCAUGAAGGACAAGACGGAACGCCUGCUGCAGAGCGGCGACGACAGGACAUUGCUGGCCGUACCCUCAAGUCGAGGAGCUGAUCUCCUGAACGAAGACCUCAUCAAAAUAAUUCGCUCCGUCAAGGACAGCGUCACCCAGGGCGGUGGGCUGACGGCCGAGGUCAAGGCCCUUGUCCGCGAGCUCCGCGGUGAAGUCUUGGGUAUGGGCCGUGAACUAGGCAAGCGACUCGAAAGUAUGGACGUCAAGUCUUUUGAUGAAACGGACAUCCCUAGCAAGGACGACGUGUCACGAGUCAUCGACGAAGGUCUCGAGCAGAUGAAGGAACAACUCAACAACGUGCUGCGCGAGCACCGCCGCCAGUCCCAGGCCUCAGCUCAGUCGCAAAAGCCUAUGGUCGACUAUCAGGAGAUCUACAACGCCAUGAGGGCGGCCCUGAGGGACAACGAAGCCUCUCGAGGCGACGACAUGCCCGACCUCCGCCGCGAGGACGUCAUCGAAGCCGUGCGAGAUGCUUGGGAAAACUACAAGCCCGAGAUUGAAGUGCAGCAGCUUGGCCUUGAGCGCGACGAGGUCCUCACCGUCCUCAAGGAAGGCAUACAGGAGUACAUGCCUCGCGACGAGCAGGAGACGCCGGCCGGCGCCACGAGAGACGAGGUAUUCCAGGCCGUCGUCGAGGGGCUGAAGCACUUCGUCCCGCCACGGAUUGACACGCCCGCCAACAUCUCGAGGGACGAAAUCAUCGAAGCAGUCCGUGACUGCUUGGAGGAGUUUGAGUUUCCCGUCGCCGCCUCCGCCGUCGGCCACGAAAUGACGCAUGAGGACAUGGUGCAUGCCGUGAGGGAAGGGCUCGAAGGGCUCGAUCUUCCCCGGGCCGAUGCCCUCGGCGCCCACGCCGCCGACCACGAGGAAGUCCUGUCUCGCCUUGGCGACGUGACGGAGUACAUGAAGCUCGAGUUCAAGGCAGUCUCGGAAGAGGCGAAACAGAACGUCGCCGCCAACGGACGAGACACGGAGCAGCUCCUGGAUGCCACCAAGGAUGGCUUGGAAAACCUGCGCGUGGCCAUUGAGAGCUACGUUGACCGCGCUACCGGUGUCGCCGGACAGGAAGAAUUCAUGGCCUCGCUCUCGCGAACGGUGGAGGAACUCAAGGAGGACCUCUCUCUUGCCGUUUCCGAGGCCAACGACAGCUCGCGAGAGCAACUUCAGACCGAGCUCGAGGGCCUGCGAGACGUCGUACACUCCUCCAUGGUGCCCGCCGCGUCACCGACUCCCGGCGGCAGCAGCCAGGAAGUGCUCGAGGCUCUGCACAACGGCCUCAGCAACCUCCGACAGGAAAUCCUUCGACCCCGGCCCGAGACGAGCGAAAUCCUCGACGCCAUUCACGACGGACUGAACGAUCUCCGGGCGGGCAUCGACAGGGUGACAAACAGACCUGUCGACCUCACGGCCAACGACGAAAUCCUCGACGCGCUCAGGUCGGGCCUCGACUCUGUCAAGUCGGACAUCGAGACGCUUCGCGAUGGCAGCAAUGACAGGGCCGUGGCGGCCGUCAGCAACAUCGCACCUGAGCAGGCCAUCAUCCCCGUGGACACGGUGAAGCGGGACGACAUCAAGAAGCUCGAAAUCCUCAUCACCCAGCUUCGAAUCAAGGUCGAGGCGAUGGAGCCCAAUACGGAGAGCGAGAGCUUGCACAAGAGCGACCUAUCACAUCUCGAGGACAUGCUUCAAAGCGUGCGAGAGGGUGUCGAGGAGCUCUCCUCCCGAGAACCACCGUCGGCGGCGGCGAACGAAGAGAGCGCUCGCGCGAUCCCUCUACACGCCGAUGCGGCAACCAAGGAAGAUAUGGAGGCGAUCGAGACGAUCCUGCGCAACACCAAGGCGCGCCUGGAGGAUCUGUUCGACGGCGAGCAGGUUGUCCGCAAGGAGCACCUCGACUCGGUAGAAGCACUGGCUCACGAGACGAGGGAAACCGUAGGCUCCAUGGCCGAUCAGCUUGACGUCAUCUCGCACAAGGUAGACCUCACAGCUCUCGAGACCCUCCUCGCCAACCUUCGGGUCGGACUUGGCGAGCUGAAAGAGCGGGUGGAAAGGGGCUUCACGGAUGACGACGGGGCCACAAAGACAGACGUCGAGGCAGUCGAAACGGUCGUUCUCGAAAUCAAGACUGCCUUUGAUGCAUUGGCGGCCACCGACUUCGCCUCACUAUCAAGCAAGGACGACGUGUCCAGUCUCGAGGCAAUGGUCAAGGAGGUGAAGGAGAAGCUCGAGGAACACGCGGAAUCGUCGACGAAGGCGCUCGACGACCGGCAAGCCGAGAUCGUCGGCGUCGCCGACCGCGUGACCGACGUCAAGAGCUUCCUCCAGGAGUUCCAAGAGACUGUCAAGGACAAGCUCGACUCGGGCUCCACCGGCGUUGGGGCACUCGGCACGCUCCUCGAGACGAUGGGCGAGAAGAUGGACAAGAACGGAACCGUCGGCCAAGACCUCAAGGAGAUGCUGGGUACGAUGAAGCUGCAGCUCGAGGAGUCCAAGGAAGUCGUCGUCGGCGCUCGGCUCGAGUCCAACGAGAAGCUCCAAGAGGCGACGGAGUGCAUCGGGACGAAAUUCGACGACAAGAUGACGCAGCUCAUCGCGAAGUACGACGAGUUCAAGGAAGCGAUGGAUGAGAAGGCGGCGGCCGGGGAAGCCCGUGAUCUCGAGACGGAAGCAGCUGUGGUCGGAACCAAGGCGGUGGCGGACGAACUGAAGCUUCUCAUCGACACGCUAGGCUCGACCGUGACCGACUCGCUCGAGAAGAUGGAGGAAGCGUCCAAAACGGUGUUCAGCAAGGUCGAAGACCUCGCCAGCCGUGCGGACGAGAGGUAUACGGAUGGAAAGUCGGAGCACCAGCAGACGAGGGAUCAGAUGCAGCAGACGGCGAGCAUGGUAGAGGGUCUGCAGGGUGACGUCAAGGAGUUCCAGCCCCAGAUUCUCGAGGCCGUCAAGGACAUCCUGCUUCUCGUCGGCGAGCAUUUCGAGCACUCCAAGGCAUCGACGACGGAGCUCCAGGACAGGAUUGUGGAGUCGAAGGUGCCGGAGCAGCCGAUGUUGCCUCCUCCGGAGAAAUACGACGACUCGGAAGUGCAGGAGAAGCUGAACCAGCUGGUGGAGCAAAGGUACGACGACAGUGAGGUGCGGGAGACGCUCGGCAAGCUUAUGGAGAACCGGUACGACGACUCGGUGCUGCGAGAGAAGAUCGACAGGCUCGCCGAGGACAAGUACGACGACGGCGGCGUACACGAGAAGCUCGACAGCAUCGUCGACCACAACGCGUCGGCGGCGCAGGCCUUGAGCCAGCUGGCGACGCUCGACAAGGUGCACCAGUCGGUGGUGAAUACGGCGACGGAGAUAUCCGAGUUCCUCCGCCACCAGAGCCAGCGCAUCGCGGACGAGCACGAGGACCGAGAGCAGACGCUGCAGGAAACGGCUGUCGCGCUCGAGCGAAACCUCGCGGAGAAAGAGCAGGCGGAGGCGUCGGUGUCCAGUCUCAGGGAGGAGGAGGAGAGGCUCCGGAAAAGCGUGCUGACGUUGCGGACGGAGCAGGAGAGCCUCAUCCGACAGAAGACGCGGCUCACGGGCGACGUCUCCUCACUCGAGACGGCGAUGCGCCUUCGAAAGGAGGCGCUGGCGGACAUGGAGCACCGGGCCGAGAGGCUGGAGCGUCGGAUCGUGGACGGCGUCAUGGACCACUCGCGCGUUCUUCUCAUGUCCAAGAGCGGCAAGGAGCGCGACAGGAUGAGCCGGAAGCGGGUCAGGAAGGCGGCCGGCGACGAGGUCGAGGCGAUGAACAAGCCCCGGCCUUCGGCGGUGGUCAACAUGGCGCUCGUGGCGAAGCGAAACCUCGCGUCGCCGACGGCGCUGAACGGAGCGUCCCGUCGAAUCGCCUCCCUGAGCCAGAUGAACAAUGGCACACCCUCCAGCGGGGUCAAGCGGAGCCAGAGCGUGAGGACGGCGGCGGGCAUGCACACGAUACGGAAGAGCACCUGGGGUGGCGGUCUCGCUAAGGCCUUGGACGUCGAGGACAAGGAGAACGCGGGCGUAAGGGAGACGGUGGAGGAGCUCGAGGAGCCCACGACACCUCGACCGUGGCACGACGGUGGUGUCAGCAGCCAGUUCGCGAGCGACUUCGCGACUGAGGAAGCGACGGUGGUCGACUCCAUCGUCGAUGCCGACGAUGACGGUGACGGCGACAACCACAGCGAAACCGACACGCUACGUCGGAGCAGCGCCGGCACGACGGUUCUCACCUCGACGAGCUCGGGCCGCUACACGGAAUCCGAGACCGGCUACAGCGCGUACGACGACGAGGGCAGCGUGUACAGCGACUACAGCGAGAGCGUCGUCGGCGUCGAGGCUGGCGGUGAAAACGGCGUCGUCGUGUACGGACAGUAG